AUGUCUGCCGAGCAUCCAGUCGGCUCUUCCCAGCAAGCCGUCCAGGUCGCGGCGCUCGAGGCGCCCCAUGCCGAUACCCCUGCGCAUCCGGCGGGGAAGCAGAAAAAGGAGAAGGCGAAACCUCAGGCAGAGUCCGCAUUUCCUCUCGAGCGAUCUCCUCGUCCCGAGUUCUUCGACCAUCGGAUCAAGAUGUUCGAACAGUUGAAGGCAGAAUACGAUGAAUGGGUCAAAGCGCAGCCUAGACAAGAGAUCGCAAUCUCUAUGCCAGACGGAUCACAACGCACAGGCACAAGCUGGGAAACCUCACCCAUGGAUGUUGCCAAAGAGAUCUCGAAGAGCCUCGCUGAACGUGUUGUGAUUGCCAAGGUUGACGGGGAGCUGUGGGAUCUAGAGAGACCGCUUGAAAAGUCGGCCUCGCUCGAACUCCUUAGCUUCGAUGACGCAGAGGGCAAGCGUGUAUUCUGGCACUCCUCCGCCCACGUCCUUGGCGAGUCCGCUGAGCGACACUAUGGCUGCCACCUUUGCAUUGGCCCACCCACCGAGGAGGGCUUCUUCUAUGAGAUGGCCAUCGAGGACAGACCCGUCACCCAUGCGGAUUACCCGGCACUAGAGAAACUCUCGGAUUUGGCGAUCAAGGAGAAACAAAAGUUUGAGCGACUUGUGGUGCCGAAAGAGAAGUUGCUAGAGAUGUUCGGAUACAACAAAUACAAAAAGUAUCUCAUCGAGACCAAGAUUCCCGAUGGAACUUCCACGACCGUUUAUCGCUGUGGUCCCAUGAUCGACCUUUGCGUUGGCCCUCAUAUCCCGCAUACCGGUCGAAUCAAGGCUAUGAUGGUCACCAAGAGCUCCGCGUCGUACUUCCUCGGCGACUCCAACAACGACUCGCUCCAGCGUAUCUACGGCAUCUCCUUCCCGGACAAGAAGCAGCUGACCGAGUACAAGGCGUUCUUGGCCGAGGCGGCGAAGCGAGACCACCGGAAGAUCGGUAAGGACCAGGAGCUCUUCUUCUUCAACGAGCUCAGCCCAGGAAGCUGCUUCUGGCUCCCUCACGGUACCCGUAUUUACAACACCCUGGUCGAGCUUAUGCGGGCCGAGUACUAUAAGCGUGGCUACCAAGAGGUCAUCUCCCCGAACAUGUACCACAGUAAACUAUGGGAAACCUCGGGUCAUUGGCAAAACUAUGCGGACGAUAUGUUCACGCUCGACAUUGAGAAGGAGAAGUGGGCGCUAAAGCCGAUGAACUGCCCUGGCCACUGUAUCAUUUUCGACUCUCGUGAUCGCUCCUAUCGUGAGCUGCCUAUCCGGAUGGCGGAAUUCGGCAUUGUUCACCGAAACGAGGCCAGCGGUGCGCUCACUGGGCUGACCCGCGUUCGCCGCUUCGUACAAGAUGAUACGCAUAUUUUCUGCUUACCGACGCAGAUCGAAGAAGAAAUCUCAAACUUGUUCGACUUUAUGAACCACAUCUACGGUAUCUUCGGCUUCGACUUCCAGCUCGAGCUCUCGACGAGGCCAGAUAAUUAUCUGGGCAACAUCGAGACUUGGAACCACGCGGAAGAGCAACUGAAGAGUGCUCUGGAAAAGGAGUACCCAGGCAAAUGGGAAUUGAACCCCGGCGACGGCGCGUUCUACGGACCGAAGAUCGACAUCAAGAUCCGUGACGCCCUCCGCCGAUCCUUCCAAUGCGCGACCAUCCAGCUUGACUUUCAGCUUCCGGAGCGGUUCAACCUGAAAUACCGCGGACCGGAAGAAGCCAGCAGUGGCGACCAGCCAACCCGGCCUGUCAUCAUUCACCGCGCGAUCCUUGGGAGCGUCGAGCGAUUUGUUGCGAUCAUCACCGAGCACUUCGCUGGCAAAUGGCCCUUCUGGAUUUCCCCGCGACAAGUUCUCGUAGUUCCUGUUGCUGUGCCUUUCAGGGAUUAUGCCUCCGAAGUCGGCAAACACCUCUCAGACCUCGGCUUAUGGGUCGAUGUGGACAACGGACCUGAAACGCUGCAAAAGAAGAUCCGCAACGGCGAGAUCGCGCAAUAUAAUUUCAUUCUCGUGGUGGGUGAAGAAGAGCAGAGUAGUAAAUCCGUCAACGUGCGCAACCGCGAUGAUGUCGGCACGAAGGCUCGGUCGCAGAUGCUCACUUUGGAGGACAUUUCAUCAAAGCUGCUCGCCCUAAAGAGUUCGCGAAGCUUGAAGAACCAAUUUGCGUAG